CUCCAACAAACUUUAUAUAUAUACCUGUUCUUAGUGUCCACAAACUAGUUUCAUACUUAUUGCACACUUGCUUUACAGCAGAGGGGAGAAAAGGAAAAUGACAUUAGCUUCAAUUUCUUUCAUCCUAAUUAUAUUCCAAUUUCUUCUCGAAAUCGAUGCAAAAGUUUCAUCGAUCAUCGUUUUUGGAGAUUCGUCCGUGGAUUCCGGUAACAACAACUACAUUCCGACAAUACUGAGAAGCAAUUUCAGGCCAUACGGUCGAGAUUUCGAUGGCGGCAGAGCCACCGGAAGAUUCUCCAAUGGGCGGGUCCCAACGGAUUUCAUCUCCGAGGCUUUCGGGCUCAAAAAGAAUGUUCCAGCUUAUUUGGAUCCAUCUUACACCAUUCAAGAUUUUGUUACAGGUGUUUGCUUCGCUUCGGCUGGCACCGGCUACGAUAAUCUCACCUCUCAAGUUCUUAAUGUAAUGCCUCUAUGGAGAGAAGUGGAAUAUUUCAAGGAAUAUCAGAGCAGGCUAAGAGAAUAUCUGGGCGACGAAAAGGCAUCGGAAAUUCUAAGUGAAGCACUGUACAUAAUCAGUAUCGGAACAAACGAUUUCUUGGAAAACUAUUAUCUGCUUCCAUACAGACCAUCACAGUUCAGCAUCGAAGACUACCAGAAUUAUUUGGCAGGUAUAGCACGAAAUUUCAUAAAACAAAUUUACGAGCUAAAAGCACGGAAAAUAUCGCUAACGGGACUACCUCCAAUGGGCUGCUUGCCCCUAGAGAGAACUACAAAUUUCAUAUUCGGAGGAAAUUGCAUAGAUAGAUACAAUCAAGUGGCCAUUAGUUUCAAUCAGAAAUUACAGGCACUAGUCGAGUCGCUCAACAAUGAACUUACUGGACUCCAAUUGGUUCUCUCGAGUCCAUAUGCCGGUCUUUACGAUAUUAUUCAGAACCCUCAUUCCUACGGUUUUGAAUAUUCAGCAACAGCAUGUUGUGGGACCGGAAGAUUUGAGAUGGGAUAUUUGUGCGAUGAAUAUAAUCCAUUUACAUGUCCCGACGCAAACAAGUAUGUGUUUUGGGAUUCGUUUCACCCCACAGAGAAAACGAAUGGCAUACUCGCAAACUAUGCAGUCAGAAGCAGUCUAGCAGUAUUUCAGUAGCAAAAAGUAUGUAUAGUAUUACAUUAUUUGAUUUUUUUAUUUUGUAUUUAUUCGUAGAAGCAGCAGAGGCUGGUUGUUAGCAGAGAUGUUGUAUCGAGGAUACGGUUCUGAGUUUCUUAUUACACAGUUUUCCAGGAA